AGCUCAUCUCCCCAGCAUUUAAUAGAGACCCAGAGAAGACAGAUACUCAGAGAAACAAGGGGUUCACAACAUCCAGCAUCGCACCUGGGCAGGCAGCAGCAGGACGCUUCAUCAUGACCAACGCCGGUUUGAUACAAAUUGUCCUUGUGCUGCUCGUCUCCACCUCCACUGUCUCUCUGAGCUGUAGCCUGCUUCACACAGUGUGUAUGGAGCAGAGCUUAAAGCGGCUGGACAGAAUGCAGGGAAAAUCUCUUCUGUCUUGUCUGAAGGACAGGAAGGACUUCCAACUCCCCCAGGAAUUGGUGGAAGCCGGACCGUUCAAGGAGGGGAAUCGGGCGGUGGCCGUCCAUGAGCUGCUCCAGCAGAUCUUCACCAUCUUCAGCCAAAAUCUUUCCCAAACUGGUUGGGACCAGAGCGAAGUGGAGAAUUUCCUCCACGGACUCCAUCGGCAGCUAGAAGAGCUCGAGGUGUGCGCGGAGCAGGGUACGGAUACGAGAUGGGCCUCUGUGGGGAGCGACAUUCUCCGACUGCGCCUGAAGUCUUACUUCAGAAGCAUAAGUCUCUACCUGAGGGACAAAGACUACAGCAGCUGCGCCUGGGAGAUCGUCCGAGCGCAAAUCCGGAGGUGCAUCUUCCAGUUCAUGAGAAGGCUCCGGAACUAA